UAUACCCUUAUCCACUCCACACUCUGCACCCCGCCACCCCGAAGCGAAAUGGCAGCGGCAUCCCACUGAACCCAGACCGUCCCAGCGCCAGACAGGCAGACACCUCCACCUGCCGCUCUAGCUCACACCAGCACAAUGGCCACGGCCGUCGCCGCCUCCGCGUUCCUCUCCUCCACCUUCGCCCCGCUUCCCCGCCACCGCCGCCUGGCCAGACACGCGCCGCGCCGCGCCACCGCUGCUGGCCUGGCUGUGCGGUGCGAGCAGAGCGACAAGCAGAAGAGGCAGCCGCUCGCGGCGCUCGUGCCCCGCGAAGAGCGCUUCAUGUUCGAGGGUGACGAGCUCUGCGGCCCCGACAUAUGGAAUAAAACAUGGUAUCCUAAGGCUGCAGAUCAUGUAACUACUGAAAAAACAUGGUACGUUGUUGACGCAUCGGACAAGAUACUAGGCAGGCUAGCGUCCACCAUUGCAGUACAUAUGAGAGGAAAGAAUGAGCCCACAUACACUCCAAGUGUGGACAUGGGUGCUUUUGUUAUUGUGGUUAAUGCAGAGAAGGUUGCUGUUUCUGGUAAAAAGCGGUCGCAGAAGCUCUACAGGAGGCACUCUGGACGGCCUGGAGGAAUGAAAGUAGAAACUUUUGACCAGCUUCAGAAAAGGAUUCCGGAAAGAAUCAUUGAACAUGCAGUGCGUGGAAUGCUUCCCAAGGGCAGGCUGGGAAGAAGACUGUUUACCCACCUCAAGGUUUACAAAGGAGCGGAACAUCCGCACGAGGCUCAAAAACCUGUUCCACUGCCUAUUAGGGAUAAAAGAAUACAAAAAACUGACUAGAGAAUCCCCGCCCCCCGCCGACUGAAAAAGAGAUGCAGCAAUGAAUUCCUCCCUUCAAGGUUUUGCCCAAUGUUUGGAAUGCUACCCCAGAAUUCAAGCAUCUUGGGGGGGGGGGGGGGGGGGUAAAUUUUGUAAUUUGAUUUUUUUUCCAAAAAAUAAAAACCUUUCGUUCAUAUUUCUAGUCGAUGACUAGUCAUGUAAUACGGUACGGUCUAAAUCAGCCCUAAAUGUCUGCUUGUUCAUUUGAAGUUUGUAUUUUUUUUUACCUGAUAUGGGAUAGUAGAUGUUUCAUUGUUGGGCUCGAACUUAAAAGGUGUAAUUUGGGCAUAAAGGGGACAAACCCUAAAAGCCAAUCAACCUUAUUAAAACUGGGCAGUUUGGUGCGGCA